CAAACUGUGGUUAAAGUUUGACCGCGAACAUGAAGCGUUUCUUCUGUGUUUGGGCGGGGAUCUCCUUGGUUGGGCGUGGCAAAGUAAAAUUAAACGGAAGCUUCUGAUCAGUGACGUACUAUCAGACCAUGGCAUAAAGUGCGCUUUGAUUGGUUGGUGGUCCCUGGUCUUAGAGCAACAACAGUCAACAGUUCACCAAUCAGAAAUUCGGCUGAAUUUGGUGUGUUUGUAAAUGACGUAGCAGCUGGAAAGCAAAAUGGCUUCCAUUAAUUUGUAAAUGGAACUACUAAGAGAGAUUCUCGCCUUCUCCCGGCACGGGAUCUUUUAUUUUUUUAUACAUUUCGACAAAUCAUAGAAAAUUGUUAAUUUCUCGUCAGACUUCCACGGUUUUCCUUUAAAAAAAUCUCUGGUGGCAACCGGGGAAGUGAAAGAAAACGAGGAUGGACGGUGGGGAGUAUAUUUCGGCAAUGGAAAAUAUGGACCCCACGUUGUCAGAACUCGGGGACGAAUUUACCCUCGGUGACAUUGAUGAGAUGCUACAGUUUGUUAGCAACCAGGUGGGCGAUUUUCCCGACCUCUUCGAGGAUCAGAUACCACCUGGCUCCCUCCAACAUGGCCCCGCCUCUCAGGCUCCACUGGAAGCCCCCCCAACAUCCCAAACACCGGGGAAUAUGGGGUUUCAGAGCCCUGCUCCCCUCACACCUAUGGCUGCCCCCCCUUCUGUGACUCUGACGCCUCCCCAGACGCCUGUGCAGCCCCAGGCCCAGGCCCGUGCUCCUCCCCUGCUUCAGCCACGGCCCCAGCCUAUCCAGCAGGUGGCGCCACAGCCUCAGCAGCAGACACAGCCCAUCCAGGUGCAGAGCACGACCGUCUCUGCAGUUCAGACUUUGGGAGUACAGGCCCCAGGCUUUUCAGUGCAGGCCCAAAGCCAUGUGCUGCCGGUGCAGACACAGGCCCCGGCCGUGAUGUUUGCCCCAGCCCUGACCAGCGCCUCACCCUCACGCUUUAUUCAGAGCCCUGUCAUCUGCCACCAGGGCCCCACGCCUGGUUUCCAAGUCCUCCAACCACAGAUGCAGAGCAUCAUGACGUCACCACAGGUUCAGCCAAUGGCGAUCCAGCACCAGCGUGUCCUGACGUCAGCCGGCCAGACCAUACAGACGCUUUCGACGGCACCCGCUACUGUACAUACAGUGUCGCAGCAAGUUCCAGUUCUGGUCCACCAGCCCCAGAUUUUAAAGACGGACUCCCUGGUUCUGACCACCCUGAAGCCCGAUGGCACCCAGGUUCUGUCCACAGUGCAGAAUCCAGCUGGGAUCACAACCCUGACUGCCCCCAUCCAGACCACGGCCCUGCAGGUCCCAACUCUGAUGGGUGGCAACAUUCUGACCACACUUCCCGUUAUGAUGGGGAGUGGAGACAAGCUGCCAAUCAAGCAGCUGUCGCCUGGGCCAUCCGUUGGCGGAACCAAUGGCAGGGUCGGACAAGACCAAGGGGCGGUGCCAGGGAUGGGGCCGGGAGUUGGGAUGAAGGAGGGCGAGAAGAGGACCACCCACAACAUUAUUGAGAAGAGAUACCGUUCCUCCAUCAAUGACAAGAUCCUAGAGCUCAGAGACCUAGUGAUGGGCAACGAUGCCAAGAUGCACAAAUCAGGAGUGCUGAGGAAGGCCAUUGAUUAUAUAAAGUACCUUCAGCAGACCAAUCAUAAGCUCCGACAAGAGAAUCUGACCCUCAAGAUGGCCAAUCAGAAAAACAAGUCUGUGUGUCUGACGGACGACACCGAGAUGAAACCGGAGAUGGUAAUGAUGUCGCCACCUGCCUCGGAUUCGGGCUCAGGGUCUCCCCACCAGUUCUCCCCCUACUGCGUCGACUCGGAGCCUGGGAGUCCUCUGCUGGACCAUGAACAGAUGAAGAGUGAGCCCAACUCCCCUGCCUCGGUGGGGGUCAUGGACCGCUCCCGCAUCCUCCUCUGUGCUCUCACCUUCCUCUGCCUGUCUCUCAACCCGCUGCCUUCGCUUCUGGGCCCCGAGGCCCGGAGUGGACCCCAGUGGACCCCUGCUGGUGUGGGACACGGGCCCUCCAGAACCAUGCUGAGCCUCUCUGGCCAGACUCAGAGCUUUGCGGUGUGGCUGUGGUGGCUGCUGCCCUGGAUCAGCAUGUGGCUGCUGAGCGGCGUGGGGGCCGUCUGGGGCUGCGUGAGAGUCCUGUACCUGUGGGAGCCGGUGACGCCGCUCCACUCGCCCAAGUCCGUCUGCUUCUGGAGGCACCGCAAGCAGGCCGACCUCCAGCUGCUAAGGGGUGACUACACAGCCGCAGCCACCAGCCUGCAGACUUGCCUCUCUGUACUGUCCAGGGCCCCUCCGGCGACCAGCCUCGACUUGGCCUGCUCCCUCUCCUGGAAUCUGAUUCGCUACUGCCUGCACCGGCCCACCCCCCUGGGCUGGCUGGUGCGUCAGAUUGGUGGGAAGCACAAAGGGGAGGAGUCACAAACGAGCUCACGGGAUGCUGCCCUGGUGUACCAGAGACUCAGCCAGCUGCAGCUGACAGGGAAGCUGCCGCAGCGCAGUGGCCUUUGGGGCUUGUCCCUGUCCCUCAGCGCGGUGAACCUGAGUGAGAGCGCCCAGGGAAAGGUGCCUCCCUCCCAGCAGGCCGAGAUCUACGUCACAGCGGCCAUCGCGCUCCGUAAUGUGCUGGGCCACCACCUCUCCUGCCUGCCUGGUUACCUGUUGAGCUGUGCUGAGAGCCUGGCCUGGCAGUCAGACUCCAGGCAGGCCCCUGAUUGGCUGCGCUGGCUCUUCACCCCAUUGGGCAGGCAGUUCUUCUUGAGCUGCGAUUGGUCCGUGAAGUCUGGCAGCCAAGAGGGUGUCUAUACUUCCCAGAGAGACCCAGCCGACCCCAUCGCCCAGCUGCACCGCUGCUUCUGCGAGAAGCUGCUGGAGAGAGCCGUGCACUCACUGAUCCAGCCACACACCAAGGCCGAGACGCAGAAGCCUCAAGAGGGCACAGGCGAGUUCACCAGCGCCUUGGAGUUUCUUCAUCUACUGAACAGCUGCACAGAGGAGUCUCCCUCACCCUCCCCUCCCUUCCCUCCCCCUGCAAGCCACGGCAGGGCAUCAGCAGUGGGAGACCCCGUGUGUCGCUGGUGGGCGCUGGUCCUAGAGGCUGUGGCGUGCUGGCUGCAGGGUGACGACGAGGCCGUCAGGUCCCUGCUGGCCGAGGCGGAGCGUAUGCCGAGAGCCCUGCAUACACUGGACCACCCGCUCCCUAAAGCCGUGCAGCACCUGUGUCGGGCCGUGCAGAUGAGCCUGAACGCCCAGAAGGGAGAGGCGUGGCCGGGCUCCCUGGCGGCCUGUGAGCGGUCCAGCGGACACCUGCAGGCCAGCAUCUCCCUGCCCCUGGGCGAGAGUGCCGGCUGGCUCAACAAGGGGGUGGAGCUCCUGGUAUGUGACCUCUUGCUGACCCUGAGGACCAACCUAUGGCAGAGAGGAGGCGGAGCUAAUGGGGAGCCAGGCCCCGCCCCCAGCUCCCAGCUGGCAGGAUUUCAGCAUGAUCUGAGCUCUCUGCGUAAAUUGGGCCAGUGCUACAGACAGGCUCAGCACAAGCUCUUCCUCCAUGAGACGACCAUGCGGCUGAUGGCGGGGGCCAGCCCCACCCGCACGCACCAGCUGUUGGAGCUCAGCCUGCGUAGACGCAGCCACAACCGUGGCUGUGGGGCAGAGGGCGACUGCAUGCUUGGGGAACGGGAGCGAGCCCACGCCAUCCUGCUGGCCUGCCGCCACCUGCCCCUGCCACUGCUCACGCCGCCCGGCCACCGAGCGCGGCUGCUGGCCGAGGCCCGACGCACGCUGGAGCGUGUGGGAGACCGACGCUCGCUUCAGGACUGCCAACAGAUCCUGCUACGGCUCGGCGGCGGCACAACCAUCGCUGCCUCCUAAUGGAGGAGACGUGUAUAUGCCCACAUAAACAACACACACACCCGCCGAGACCUACGCGCCAACUACACACUGACGCUUACAGACAUUCACAUCGGAAAGCAGCACUGUUACGUCACCAUAAGCCACGUUAAACACGUACGACAUGCUCUAUCCAUGUGUACACUCUGUAUAUACGGUUUUCAUUAUUUUCAAGCACUGGGGGCCUAGAUUUCAGACCCGAGUCUCAAAGGGCAAACACUGGCCAUCCCUGCAGAGCCUUCAGUGUGCGGCGUUCCGCUCGCUGACCUGUGCGCUUUGUUCCACCGGCAGCAGAGCCCUUUCUCUGCAUUGCUGAUACUUACCCUGUUAAGUUAUUGGCUUGUUCAGCCAGAAUAAACCUGACAGAGAUAUUUGGUGGCCAGUAAAGGGUUCUGCCUUAAAUAAGCUGUCAGUUCGUCUAAGGAUCGGGACAGUGCCGUGUAAAAUGUUUGUGUCGCAAAAUGGAUCUUUAAUCAGUACUUGUGUAUACCUACCUCAUAUAGUGAUACAGGCAAACACAGGACCAUGAGAUCUGGCAUAGGACAGGUAAAAAAAAAAAAAUUCUAAUUUAUAGUGUCAAUUUACUGUAGUUCUAUGAGCUUAGGCCUAUUGUACCAAUAUAAAAAUGAAAAUUUAAAAAUAGCAUAGGGAAGUUCCAGCUUCAUUGAUAUGUCAAGCAGAAGCAUAGUUACACAAGCGCCCCCAAUCUGUAAAUAGCUGUAUAUAGUUAGCUAGGGCUGGAGGUGUGACAACGAGCCUACGGUGAUCCAGACGUCCGUGAAAGCCCUGAAGCGGUGGGGGCUGGUGCCCUCUUCUGGAAGGAGGAGACCAAGCUUUAAAAUUUUCAGACGUUUUGCUUUUUGUCUUUUUUUUUUUUUAUUCCCCCUCCACUAGGGUGUGGCUAUUGCUUCAAGAACUUCCUUGAAACUUUUAUUACAUCAAUUAUAUGUUAUUUAAUGCUAUUAUUAUUAUUAUUAUUUUCCAUGUCAUUCUUUCCAUGUCGUCAUAAAUUUUCCUGUUUUUCUGAAUGCCGUGGUUUAAUGGUGAUUUGUUUUCCAAUGCAAAGUUGACUUUUUCGUGGUACAGUAGCAGUGCUGGAUGUCUAGGGCUCGGUAGGUUUAUCAUGCAGAUAAGAGUCGUGCUUUUGAAGGACAUUAGGAAGGAAGUUUGUUUUUUUUAAAUACAGUAUAAUUGUAUUAUUUUGCUCAAACGUGGACCUAGCACGAAUCUUUCACCUUUCCAUUUUUUCCCCCAAGGUGAAAUCUUGAAUAAACAUUCACUUGGGCCUCAGUCUUAACUCAA